AUAUAGGAGAGGAAGGCAAUAAAAGUGGAUCAAAUUGGACGGAGCAACCGUGACAACAGAUAGAUUAGAUCUCAGUGAGAUCUGUAGCAAUGGGUAGACUGAGAGAAGGGAUAUCCAAGCAUUCUAUAUUGGAUCACUCGAUGAUGCUUGAAGGUGCAGAAUCAGUCUCCCGGGAGAUAAUGCUGUGAAGGCCCUGAACAGCAAGGCUGCACACAGCCAAACCAAAGCCAGCGAGCUACAGCACAGGGUGGAGGCCGUGAACGGAUUCAAACGAGUGCAAAAAAGACAUCAUGAGGACAUCUAGGAAAGGAAGCGUUGAAAUGCCUGCUUUUGUAAGGCAGCUGGUAAAGGAGACAGAGAAAAGGGUCACCUCCUUUUUUAAAGGGGGACGAGGAGGAGGCGCAGGGGAGCUGUCCGAAAGCGAAGAGGGGGCAGAAGAGGAAGGGGUGAUCCCUAGCCCCUAUUUGGACCGGCCAGUUCUGGACAAGCACAUGCAAGAGGGUUGUGCCUCCUGGGGACUUACCUAUGCCCUGGCUAGUAUGCAGGGCUGGAGGGCCCACAUGGAGGAUUUCCAUAAUUGCUUCCCUCAGCUGGGAGGGGAACUGUCCCACUGGGCAUUCUUCGCUGUUUUCGAUGGACAUGCAGGAAGUGCUGUGGCCCAGAACUGCUCCCGAAAUCUACUUGAUCACAUCUUAGGUACAGGCAAGAUCCGAGCAGAUGAAGAUGUGGAAAGGGUCACUGAGGGCUUCAAGGAGGGCUUCUUUCUUAUGGACAAGCACCUUCAUGCCAUGGCCUGCCGUGAGGGUUGGGAGCGGGGUGGGACCACUGUCGUUUCCACUGCUAUCACUCCGCACCACAUCUACUUCGUGAAUUGCGGGGACUCUCGGGCUGUUCUGUGCCGUGCUGGGCGAGUGGCAUUUUCGACAGAGGACCACAAGCCUUUUAGCCCAGGUGAGAAGGAGAGGAUAGAGAGUGCUGGAGGAUCGGUCACUUUGCAGCGAGUGAAUGGCUCUCUGGCAGUCUCCCGAGCAUUGGGGGACUUCAGCUACAAGACAGUCGAGUGGCGGUCAGUCACAGAACAGAUGGUAUCACCAGAACCAGAAGUGUCUGUGGUGGAGCGCUCGCCAGCAGAUGAGUUUCUGGUUCUGGCCUGCGAUGGUGUGUGGGACACUGUCAGUAAUGAAGAGCUCUGUGCCUUCGUACAUAGCCGACUGCGUAUCUGCACGGACCUGAGAGAGGUCUGCUCCCAAGUCAUCGACCUUUGCCUCUAUAAGGGGAGCCUUGAUAACAUCAGCAUCAUUCUAGUGUGUUUCCCUGGCGCCCCCCAGCUGUCACCUGAAGCACUGCACCAUGAGGCUGAGCUUGAGGACUUUUUGGAGUCUAAAGUAGCUGAGAUAUUUGAAGAGCUGAGCAUGAGAGGUGAUGAGCCUGAUUUGCUGUCAGUUUUGACAGUGCUGGCCUCAACGGUGAUUCCUGGACUUCCACCAGGAGGCGGCCUUCAAAGCAAGCGGAACUGUAUAAUUUCUGCUUACUAUCAACAAAAAGAUGCUCGAAGAUCUAGAUUAGCCCAGGAACUCAGUCCCACUGAUGCCAAUUAGAGUCCAUCUUAUUUAAGCAUUUACUGGAUGUGAUAGAUUGAGGAACUGAAGGUGAUCAGUUUUCUGUCUUUAAACUUAUACAUGAAAAAAAAAAA